AGCUCUUAGGCAUGUCCGUAGGUAGGUGCCGUUGGAAAACUGAUAUUUGCGGUAAAAUGCUUUUUCUUUGCUGAGUUGUGAUUAAUUACCUAAAUGGCUCAUAGAGUAAUUUGAUAUUAUCAGAUCUGUAACACGGACUUAGCGUGAACAUUUUUGUAUCAUAAAUAAUGCUUCAUAUAGCUGUCUGAACAGCCAAUACAAAUAGGUAACCGCCUAACCGGUUCAGGGUGUUUUGCCAGUGUGCGGACCAGCUGUGAGCGAUGGCGCCGCGCCGGGACCGAGUCUCGUGCGGCCUGGACCUGGUGGCUGUGCCUGACGUGCCCGCCGGCAUCUCCAGCGCCACGGAGGCAGGGUACCAGUUUGUGUUUAUGCCGAUCGUCCACCCGCGCUACCGUCGGGAGUUUGUCAGUGGUCGAGCCAAGGAUCGGACCACUCCCUUCACACGCUCCGAUAUGGUGCUCAGCAACGCAGACUGGAACACGCUGGUGGUGGGUAAGCUGUCGCCGCACCUGGCGCUCGACUCGCCCUGCGACUCGGUGCGUCAGCAGGCUGAGGCCGCGCUGGCUGAGGAGCUGAACUUCGCCUCGCACCUGACACUGCCGGCGGUGACCCUGCGGCUGCACGGCGGUUCAAACGCCAACCUGGCGCGGCACCUCUACAGCCGCGUGGUCAGCAGCUGCUCCUACCAGAUCUGGGUACAGGUGCCGCUGACCAGUCCGGCGGCGGCUCAGCGGCAGUACCGCAGCGACCUGCCGUCCGAGCCGGACUCGGCGCCAGAGGAGUUGGACGACCCGUGGCUCUGGUGGGACCGGCUGAGGAACGCCACCGGCACAGAGUCGCGGCUGGGCGUGUGUCUGCAGGUGGGAGCCGACCUGCCCGACGCCCGCCGGCUCGACCGCUGGAUGGGCGAGCCGGUCAAGUGCGUGAUGCUCUCCGCAGAUGUGUUCAUCAGCAACAAGAAGGGUUUCCCGGUGCUCACCCGCGCCCACCAGGAGCUCAUGAAGAGCCUGAUGCGGCUCAACUGCCAGUUUGUAGUGACGGGCGCCAACCGGCACCAGCACGUCAAACACUACUGGCAGUACCUCAACCACCUGUACCAGGUGUUUCUGGAGGAGUCCAACGAUCCGCUGUCGGACUUUGCCAUCGGGUACGAGGACUACUUACAGUGUCCGCUCCAGCCGCUGAUGGACAACCUGGAGUCGCAGACCUACGAGAUAUUCGAAAAGUGUCCCGUCAAAUACUCCCAGUACCAGCGCGCCAUGUACCACGCGUUCCUGGACCGGGUACCCACUGAACGGAAGGACCAGGAUACCAUCGUUGUGAUGGUGGUGGGCGCCGGCCGCGGCCCGCUGGUCAGGGCCGCCUUCCUGGCGGCCCGCCAGGCCGAGCGGCAGCUGCGAGUCUACGCCGUCGAGAAAAACCCCAACGCCGUCGUCACACUGCGGACAGCGGUUGAGGAGGAGUGGGGCGACACAGUGGUGGUCGUCUCGUGUGAUAUGCGCGAGUGGCAGGCACCAGAGAAGGCCGACAUCCUCGUCUCGGAGCUGCUCGGAUCGUUCGGCGACAACGAGCUGUCGCCAGAGUGUCUGGACGGCGCGCAAAAGUACCUGAAAGACGACGGCAUCAGCAUACCGCAGAACUACACGUCGUUCCUGCACCCGGUGCAGUCGCCCAAGCUGUACAACGACGUGCGCAGCUGCCGCGAGAAGGACAAGCCGGCCGUCUCGCCGUUCGAGAUGCCCUACGUGGUGUACCUGCAGAACGUGCUGCGCGUGGGCCAGCCGCAGCCACUCUUCCACUUCGAGCACCCCAACAGAGACGAGGUGAUCAACAACAGCCGCUUCAAGACACUGACAUUCGCGGCCGAUCAGGACUGCACGGUGCACGGGUUCGGCGGCUACUUCGAGUCGGUGCUGUACAAGGACACCAUGAUCAGCAUCCACCCGCACACACACUCGCCCGGCAUGUUCAGCUGGUUCCCCAUCUUCUUCCCCAUCAGGGAGCCGAUGGAGGUGAAGCAGGGUGAGCGUGUCCAGGUGAGUUUCUGGCGGCUCUCCAAUGCGCGGAACGUGUGGUACGAGUGGUCCGUAAACGCACCGCGCACCCUGCCCAUCCACAACCCCAACGGGCGCUCCUACACCAUCGGACUGUGAGUCAGUCGCCAGGGUCGCCAGGGCUACCACCAGCGGGUUGCCAGUCGCCAGCCGCCAGGGUCGCCAUUCGCCAGUCGCCACGGUUACCACCAGCGGGUCGCGAGUCGCUAAACGUCAAUCGUCAGUCACUGGUAGUCAGUCGCUAGCUUCCGGCUGGUAACCGCCAGUGUCCAGUCACCAAGAAAUCAGUCGCCAUUUACCAGUCGUCCGUCUCAAAGUACCACCAACGGGUUACCAGUCCUUCGCUGCCAAGCAUCAGGAUCGCGAGUUGCCAGGGCUGCCUAACACCAGGUUCAUCGCACAAGCGUCGCCAAGAGUCGCUGGCUGCAAGCAACUCUUUGGUGCCACUGUCAGUCUCCUGGGCUGCUGGCCUCAGCUGCACAAGAAGCUGACCUUAAUACACAGUCUCGGGUCUAGUUCACGGGUGUUCUAUCAUCGAUGGGAGAUGCUGGUGUGUACCGACUGCCGACCUAGUGGGACGCGCGAUUCGUCCUUUGUGUGUCUGUGAUUAGAACUUUGGCCGGUGGAUGCGAGUGGAUGUUGUGAUGUGAACUGCAGUGCGUCAAGAGUUCGCUUAUUGCGGCUUUGGAGCUGACGCGGUAAGAGAAUGGAUAGAUCGGUUGCUGGUUCGUUCUGGGGAGUGACUGGAGUGAGCGGCUGUGCGAACUGGAAAUUGUUUGGGCUGUGUAGUGUGUACUGAUGCGGCGUGGAGACUGGCUGGUGUGUGCUGUUGCGAUCCGACUCGAAUCGGAAAUCAAAACUGGUGUGAUCAGCGGCUCGGCGCUGGCAGGUACCCGUCGGAGGUAAGCGUUGGCUGCUGUGCCGCUGUAUAUAUCGAUAUGUACCGGUAUGUACCGAUGUGUACUGGUUGGAACUGGUUCGCGCCGGUUCACAGACGGACGCGCCCCAUUGCUACGCUGCUGCCAUGCUCAUCCUGAACCCCAAGGGAAAUACAGUAAACUGUUUUUGUUUU